ACACAAGUGACACCUCUUUUCUGUAGUAAGGCAGACAGCCAACGAGCCGCAACCUAAUGUUCAUCAAAGCGAGCCACCUUGAUGAGAUAUCGUGUGUGCAACAGCUGUGAGACAGCAGAGCAUCUAACAGAGAGAGUUUGACACUAAGUACGUCAUAAAAGCUGGAUUCCCGACAGGGUUCCUGACUGUCACUGUUUUUGUUCUGUCACUGCAGCUCAGAAUAAUGUGGAGACUGGGAUGUUCACUGCUAAACUCUGGUGUCUGUUAUUAGAAAAGAAUCAGCACACUGUGAAAUGUUUCCCUUGAUUAUAAAUCAACAUAUCAUCAGGCAGAGCGGUGUCUUCUUCUGAUAUUACCAUCACUUUUUAUCUGCAUCACAUGCUCACAGUUUGGUCAUCAUCAGGAAGUGGAGCAAAAACAUUGAAUGAGAGAUGUACAAUAGCUUACACACACACACAUAUGUUACUUUAAAACCUGGAAAUUGUUUCUGGUGUUUUUAGUUUCUUCUAUUGUAGUUGUAUGAUCACAUUCUUUAUGUUUGACAUUGUUUAUAAUUUUCUAUUUCACAGUAUUUCAGUCAGUUCUGUUUACAGUGUGAACGAUUGCAUUUAACAGUUCUGAGAACACAGGAGUUCUUUUUGUGUAUGGUACUUUUAUAGUACUGUGUGUAAUGAGUAGUGCUGUGUAUCCUGCAGGUUGUUCCUCCACAGUGUAAUCUCGGCUCUGCUGGGCAUCUCUCUGGUUCUUGUUAUCGCCCUCUAUGUCUUCAUUGAGUUUUUUGUGGACCCGUCCAAACUCCGUACUGACAAACACUUCCUGGUGAGGAAUGAGACAGGCAUGUGGUUUGUCUUCCUGCCGGUGGCUCCGCUCAGGUCGGCAGCAGUGGUGAUUCCUGCUUUGGCUGCUGUCACCAUCGCUCUGGGUCUGCUGUCAUCUGUGCUGCUCUGUCACCUCCUCUGCUUCCACAUCUACCUGAUGUGGAACAGACUCAGUACCUAUGAGUACAUCAUGCGGCAGCGACACCGGCAGAGCAACAGGGACCUGAGGAAACCGGGGUCCAUGAAGGAGAUGGCGGCUCCUUCAGUCAUCAAGGAUGUGAACUACUCAGGGACUCUGGGUUACACCAACCCUCAGCUGAAUGGAGAGGAACCUACCAGUGCGGCUGUGCGGGGGGAGGGAGAGUAAGUCCUUUAGUUCCUUCCUGUUCCGCUUCUGAUUGUAUGACACUUCAUUAAGAAUGAGCUAAAUCUAGAUCCCUGCAGACCCUUUUGCUCUCUGUGGAGGUCUGAGUUCAGCCCCUAGCUCGCUCUGAGUGGCUCAGGCUGACUGACCGUGUCCUGACUAAUUUUAGUAAACAGCCACUAAGUCAUUUCAUAACACAGUGAGCUGGAGCUGUUGCCAUGGACACAGUUUUCUUUGCAGAAAACAAAGUGUGCAAAGUGAAAUUCUUUGGCCGUGACUUUCAGGAAGCAAACAAAGUAUAUAUUGUGUGUGUGUGUGUUUGAGCUAUGGGAGGAGGGAGCUGAGAGUUUUCAGAAAUAACUCCAGUCACUGUGGCUGUGUGCCCUUAGCUGGUCCCGGUAGGAGUCUUUAUUUAUACUGCAGUGUUCACAGUAGUGUGACCAGGACACAGUGUUCCCAACACAAAAAAACACGAAGUUACUAAGUAACAUGUACAGUCACUGUUUCAUGCUGCCAGCUGGUUCUGGUUCCAGUUUGAAGUGUUCAUUACAAUAG